AUGUUAGCAAAUCGGGUUAAUUGGUUGCUCAGCAAUGUUGGGUUACGAUCAGAAGUUCCGUUUGGCGGCGAAAUUGUCGGCUUUUCGGGCGGCCGCGCUCUCGCCCUUAUUGUCAGGGCGAUAAAGCAGCAAUUGGGGUGGAAAUUAGGCCGGAUGAUUGUGGGGCUUGAUGGCUUCGAUGCUGGACAAGAGGCCGCUAACGAGGACGGCGGCUGUUUGUUUUCCCACGCCUCUUCAGCCUCCGGCCCGGACCGGGCCAAGUGCGAGGUCCACCCAUUUGUUUGCGCU